GACACUGUGAUUGGUCAGCUAGCAUAAGGUUUGGUCCAAUCAGCGUUUGUGUGCAGAUUUUAGACCCACGCUUUGGGGGGAGAAAUAAAUUACAAACCAGACGUUUGUUUGGAUUUAUGUUAAAACUUACAGGGUUUUUGUUGCAAACUCCCUGGACGAAGCGCACACAGACAAUAAGAAGAUGCCUUUUUCAAGAGGAAAGAAGCCGACGAUCAGCAAGAUCCCAAAGCUCCACGUUAAAAGCUCUGAGAAUAUGGUGGAUGGCCCUCAUGUCAAGCGAUCAUCCUCUCCUCCUCAAGGGGCUCCUAGGAAGAGAACGGCGUUUAUAGACAUCACUAAUGCUGUGUCUCAGUGUUUUGUGACGCUUCAGUUCGAUGGUGAUGAUGAUGAUGAUGAUGUUGAUGUCAGGCGAGCUCACAAGAUUGAGUUUAGCAAUCCUAUGAAAAAGAAAGAACCAACCAAGAAGGUGCAAAAGAAGACCUCUGUGGCCACCAAGAAUGAGGCCAACCUAAAAAAGUUGGCCUCCAUCACUUCUGAGAGUCCAUGUGAGGAGCAGGAGAAGAACAAAUCCCCAGUAAAGAAACUGGAGGAUUCUCUUCCCAAAGCUCCCCUUCCUGCACACCUUCUGCCCCCACAGAUACCCCCAGAGUUUGACAUCGACUCAGACGCUUCGAAUGACCACACGCAGACACCGGAAUAUGCCAAAGACAUUUUUGAUUACCUGAAGAAAAGUGAGGAGAAAUUUGUGUUGCACAAUUACAUGGAAAGUCAGCUGAGUCUGAACGCGAGCAUGAGGGCAAUUUUGGUGGACUGGCUGGUCGAGGUCCAGGAGAAUUUUGAAUUGAAUCAUGAGACGCUGUAUCUGGCUGUGAAGAUGACUGAUCAUUAUCUGGCUGCGGCUCAGGCCAGCAGGGAGUCGCUCCAGCUCAUUGGCUCUACAGCCAUGCUGCUCGCCUGCAAGUUUGAGGAGCGGCUGCCGCCUUGUGUCGACGACUUCCUGUAUAUAUGUGACGAUGCGUACAAGCGCUCACAGCUCAUCACCAUGGAGGCCAGUAUCUUACAAGCGCUGAAGUUCGAGCUCAAUAUCCCUGUUCCAUAUCGAUUCUUACGAAGAUACGCCAAGUGUGUGAAUGCCGGCAUGGACACACUGACGCUGGCCCGGUUUGUAUGUGAGCUCAGCCUGCUCGAGAUGCAGUUUGUCCCCGUACGAGCGUCUCUGCUGGCCUCGGCUUGUCUCCUCAUUGCCCUGGUAACCAAGGACCUGGGGGGAUGGACGCCAUGUCUGCAGUUCCACUCAGGCUACAGUGUGGAGGAUCUGGCGCACGUGGCUCGAAAGCUCCAGCACAUGCUGAACAGUCCAUCAGACAGCAAACUCGUUACUAUCCGCAGCAAAUACGCUCACAAGGUUUUCUUUGAAGUCGCUCAGCUGCCCGUCGUGAGCUCCGAGAAGCUUGAGAGGUUUCUGAAGUGAGCUUGAUGAGAGAAAAUGUAAUCUCGAAAGCAUGUAAAUAUUUGUAUGUUAAUUUUAUAUGACUCCUCAUGUGAUAAAACAGUGUUCUAAUGAGUUCAUGCAGUUAUAAAGCAUGUUUGUUUUCUUAGUGCAUUUUUAUUGUGCUUUAAACAUUAGAAAGUUGAUGUAAUUUAAAAAUGUACGAACAUGUCGUUAAAACUGUUCGGAUGUAUCUUAUUAAUAAUAUUUCGAGAUUGAGCAGUGUUUUAAAAUAAGCUGUUUGUAUUUGAACCAUGUUAUUAAACCAUGUAAAUGUAUAUCUGUAAAUAUUUUCUUUAGUAUUAUUACUAUGUUAUUAUGUAUUGAUUGUUAUAUUUCUAUGUUUUAGUUAUUGCGUUGGAUUAAAACCAAUAAUAUAUCCUUAA